AUGAUGAAAGGAAUAUCAUGGAUUGGAAAACAUUGGAAUAAGAUGCAUACGCUGUGCCACCGCUGUGGCUCUAAGGCCUACCACCUGCAAAAGUUGACCCGUGGCAAAUGUGGCUAUCCUGCCAAGUGCCAGAGAAAGUAUAACUGGAGUGCCAAGGCUGAAAGAAGAAAUACCACCAAGACUGGUAGGAUGAGGCACCUCAAAAUUGUAUACCGCAGAUUCAGGCCUGGAUUCCAUCAAGAAUCAGUGCCUAAACCCAAGAGGGCAGCUGUUGCAGCCUCCAGAUCAUCUUACUAA